AUGAGCUCCAAACGCAGUGAGCGAUCAUUUCAUUUAAAAGACACAAUGGAUGGAGAGAUCAAAUCAAACUCGGCCAAAAGUAGCAUGAACAGAUUUCCCAAAAAAGACUCAUUGGUGAUUUCUGUCCUUUCGCUGGUUCUCUUUGCACUAAUUUUUGUGAGGAUUGAAGUUGUUCGCAGGAGGGCAGAGGUGACGGAAGCAAAACUUGAAAAACGCAUUCAGCGAAUCGAAGACGAAAUGCAGGAGAAAGUGCUGACUAUUGUGAAGGGAUUGUUUAAGACAGAGCGAAACCCGACGACACGAGAUUCAAUUGUAGGAAAUUAUGCAGGCAUAGGUAGGUCUAAAGCUACUGUUUUUGCCGGAUUUUCUAAGACACAAGACGCAUCAAGAAGAUCGAAGAUUCUAUAGAACUCGGCCGCUUCAAUGUUACCUCUAUUAAUUUCUAGUUAGACUACUUAUUCUUGAAGGAUCACUCUAAUCAUGGAAAGUUGUCUUAUCUUGGUGGGCAGCAAAAACCACACAUAUUCUUAGUUGCGGCCAAUGACUUGCGUGCCCCCCGGGGGGAGGGGGAGUCCUUGGGUUAAUUUUCGCUGAGUAUGUGCGGCAGGCCUCUCAGAGCCUCUACCCCAUUGUAGUCUAUUUUGUGGCCAAUUAUAGACCCCAUCUUAGUCACUUUUGGGCAAAUAUGUAAUUUUCACCAUCCCAACUUAGUCACUUUCUAUUUGUGUGUUGAAGAACACUUUCUUUUUCACCUACACUACAAACAUUCUGGUACGUUUGCUUACCGUAAAUUAACUCCGUUGAAAAUGCGACCACAUAAAAGUCAAUCCAGUCGUGAAAAUGCGACCCCAUCCAGCGGCAUAUCCCCAUUAGCCUCUUAUAAGGAAGUACCCCCUAACCGGGUUUGUAUGCCGCGUUUAUAAUACAUUGGAAUGUCGAUCAUAAGAGUCUCAGCUGGGUGAAUGGAAUGUGUCUCGUUAAGUUUCUAAUGUAGCACUCGAUAUGUCUCUUAAAGGUAUGUUUACUAAGAACAUUAAAGGAUGAGGUAACGCGGAUUGCUGGGGUUCUUUGUGGCCAACGGCCUUGCAAAGCGAGGUUUAUUAUCACGCCGCGCGUGGAUCGCGCAUGGACCUCUUAAAGCGUGCUUUGAUCCGCGCUUUGGCGAUAAACCAAGCUGAUGCUUGCGGUGCCCUAUAUAGCAACAGAACUGUAAAAAAACCCUUGGUCUGGUUGAUGUUUCGGCGCUGAGUUUAAAAAGGGCAAUACUCGACGUGAACGAACGUUUGUAUUGCGUCUCACUUGGCAGACGAGUUUGUUUCUGUCGGCGGUCUGAGUUCGCCUCUUCACCAUCCGGACCUUGUUUAUUUCUCUGAGAUGACUGAGUAAAGUCAUGUUACAGCGAGGUGCAAUGAACUUGACGUUCUUCCGCGCCCUAACCUUUGGCCGCUAUAUUGCGACUCACUCAAGCUAAAACAAAUCAUAGCUUGCUGAGCGUCUCCAAAUACCGUAACAGACUUCAUUCUAAAUAACAUAACUGUAGUCGAACGAACCAAGUGCCAUGAUCAUGAUAUGUAGCGUAUAGAGGGGUAAUAAACAAUAAUAAAUUAAGAAUGAUAAAAUAACUUACAAAACCAAAAAAAAACAGACCACAACGAAAAGUACAAAAUAUACAGUUAUAGUAAAUUUCCUGGCUGAAACAAGAAGACCGGAAAAGGCAAAACAUGCAUUAAUUUAACCACGCAGUGGAAAAAAAAACUUAUGCGAAAAUUACACACAAAACUUGAUAUACGGAAUAUACGGUGUGCCAGAACACGCACAAGCAAACAAGCAAAGAUGCGCCAAUAGUAAAGCAACAACCAUAAUAGAAAUAGAGUAAUUUUCUGUCGCUUUCAAUUAACCAGUUCCUAUUUUGCAUUUUUAGCCAUUUCUCAAGAAACCGUAGAACGCGCUGUAGAUCAGGAUCGACGAGAAGGAAGAAAUGUUGCUCCUACGCCUGGUGUUAUAUCUUUACAGCAAAUCCGCCAGGAAAUCGACAGGAAAAUUACAAAAGCGUGCGCCACCACUGAUAAGAUCUGUCAGACAGGUCAACAGGGACCCCGGGGAGUACCCGGUGCUCCUGGGUAUCCUGGAUACAAGGGAGAAAAAGGAGCACCCUGA